GGGCGAUGGCGGGCGCAACGCUACUGCUUCUUUCUUUGUAUGCAGAUCGUUUCCAAAAACGGCUAGUGCUAGAUGAGAAGACGAUCGGGCUCUGUCAAUUAUCUGAAGCAUAUCCUCAUUAUAGACUUUGGCACAAUCUGGGUUAUCUAAAAGUGUCCGAUGGCAGAAUCGCUUGUUUUAACGGUGUCUUUAGACCUAAAAGAUCAUUUAUUUACUUAUAAUUUGUUUGCUUAUUUUGUGAAAUAGAGGCAAUCGCUUUCCAAUGAUAGAUACUGUACAUGCAAACAGAUGGAAGGGAAAUUCAUAGCGAGAAAAUUGCCUACGUUUUUGAAUAUAGCAAAAGAAAGGUUCUGUAUGAAAAAAAUUUGCUGUUAUCAAUGGGAAAUCUAAUCAGCAUGUCAUUUUUUAUUUCUGACUUUGUAACAAGAAUGUCCAAAGAAUGCGGUUGAUAUUACAACAACACUGGCAGAAACAGCCUUUAGAAGAUUUUUCAGACUAACUGCCAAAAUAAUAUUAUUACAACAAGCAACCGUGCCAACAGGAAAGAAAUAAAAUCGCAUGCUAGAAGACUAUGAAUACACUUCAAGCAAAGACAACUUUUUCAAAAAGGUUAUGCAGAAUUUAUUGCAAACGAGAAACUUUAUACUUUCUAGAGGCACACCAGUUUGAUAAGCUUAGCCUUCUCAAGCUCAAGAUACCAUCUCCUGGCUUUGAAAGAUCUCCUUGAGAAAGAGUGUUUGCUGAGUUUAAUGACACAGCUGUCCAAGAUGUAUAUGUGAUCUAGAAUUUCAAUAGUAAAAAGGAAGGCGGUUGCUUUUAAUGUGAAAGAAGUUGCGAACUUAUCCAAGGAACAAUAGAAAGCCUUUCUUAGGAACAAAAUUAUCACAAAGAGUACAAUAUAAGCUAAAAUAAAAGUAUAUGUUAUGUUCUGACCAAUACAUCUCUGAAUAAAUCUCUGGAUAUUGUAAAUUUUUAAUCAAAAUCAUUGCUCAAAAGACGCUUGGACAGGUGCACAUUACGUUUUGAUUUUAUAGCAACAUUGAAUCAAAUCCUUUCUGACAUAGCUUCAAAAUACAAUUUGCGGUGUGGUUCGUCUUUAGAUGUCAUGAAAGUAAUUCAAAACUGGUAUUAUUUCUAACAGCAUUAAUAUUUAUGAAUCCUUCCUGAGAUAUUAGUCAUUUUUGUGUCAAAGCAAUACACACAGGAAAUUGACAAUUGGAAUUAAAUCUUCAUCAAUAUAAAACUGUCGCAUAAUUUUCUUGCCAGUGUAAAAAACACGAUGCGCACUUGCAAAUUCCUAUGCUUACUGCAGGCGUUGGCAAACUUCUGCCUUGCAAUCGAAAUGUUUGCAUCAAGUUACACAUUGAUCAUCGGAGAGGAAAGCGACAUUCUUCUUGAGGCUGGAUGUUCUACAAUUUUCCAUAUAUGCAGCAUGGAUGAAACUUGCACUCAUGUGAUAAGAUACAGAACUACAAAGGAAUAUAAGAUGGCAAAGGAUAAAACGGAGAUCGAAAACUUGAAAGAAGAAGCGGUGGUUUGGGAGAAGGUUGCAAUUAAAAAACAGCCAAUCAAAACUGAGAUGUCAUCCUGCAAAACGCUGAAACAAAAUGGCCGCACAAGUGGACUCUACGACAUCCAGUUGCCAAGCGGAAUCCACCAGGUGUACUGCGACAUGGAUACAAAUGGUGGUGGAUACACAUUUCUUUCAAAUGACAGUGUGUCAAGAAUCAACCAAUCAGAUAUCGACUUCCUACUGACUGACAACCAAGAUGUUCUUCUGCGCAUUUUGAAGUCGAAUGGCUCACAACCUUAUACAGUGAUACAGCAAUACAAUGAUACAGGGGGACUCUCCGUCCAGUAUAGCAAUUAUGUUAACUACACCAAACCAAAUAACGAUGCAAUGAGUGCCUACAUUUUUGUUGGUACCUUACCAGCAUCUUUUGCCAGAAAUAACGAUAAUCAAGGAUUCAUCUCAAAUGACAUUCCGUUGUACUUUCAGAAUUGUGCCAAAAAUCCCAACAAUUACUUUGCAUUCUUUUCCAAACGUAGGCAAGUAUCACUGAGAAGCAGGGCAGGAAGUUUAGGGGUUCGUUGGAGAGAGACAGCACUUCAAGAUGCACAAGAAAACAUGUCACCAGACUUUUUUCUGUUUACUGAAAUACACUACGGAGGUUGUGGAUUGUACAGUGAAAGUGUCAUGUGGGCAGACACAAGCGCUCCUGCCAUAGGUACUGCUCUAGGCAUACGCUGAUAAGAAGCAACGAUAUACCAAAAGGUAGAGCAAAAUUUCAGAUCAAAAAAAAGAGGCACUAACUGCAUCUAGUUGAGCCCUGUUAGCCAAACCCUUUCAUUUUUCAUUUCAUUUAUUUUAUAUUUAUAACCAGUCUGACAUGUUAGGCUUUUAGCCGUAAACUGCAAGAUUAAGAAUAACAAUACAUAAAACAGUAUAAAGGAAAAUUUUUAAGAGCCAAUUGAUUGAUACAAAGUAUAUUUCUUAAACAUAAUGUGACAUUUCUAGCUACAUCAUAUGGCUGUAAAGAAAUUGUUGCACAUUACAAAUUUUACGAUUUCAUAACCUGUGAAUGAUAUUGCUUCAACACAAUUCUUUGAUUUUACAAGUUGCCUCUUUAAUGGAAAUUUCUUGAUUCAAAAUACUUGAGCUCUUGAUUGCUGGAUCUGUGGUCGUAACACACCAGCCAUCUGCCGGAGGACUGGUCUGGGCCUGACUGAGCCAUUGAGAGGAUCUUGGGACAGGGUGAGAUGGAGGAUGGAUGUCCAUAAGUUGGUGCCACCCACCUCUCCGGCUCUCCGGCGUCCCUGUUAUCACACAGGUUUGGGGACCCUUGAACUCGUUUAUUACACCUAAAAUGCCAGCUUCAAAGUUGAAUAACAAAGACAAUUUUUUUUCUUGAAGCCCAUAAAAUCUCGGAAUAGUUUUUGAACUCAAGUUAACUUUAGUUCGUAACGCCACUGGUACUGACACAGCACCCUUUCAAUUCUCACUUCUAGGUCAAGACGAUUACAAUUACAUUGCAAUUAAUGAAGGCACAUUAAUUUUUAAGGACAUAAAU